AUGAAACUUCGCAGUCGUUCGAGGCGGCGUGAGGAAAGUUUGCCAGAAUUGGCGGAGGACAUCGAGAGAUUAGCAAAGCUGGCCUACCCCGAGGCAACUUCAGCGGUAUUGGAAACCUUAGCCAAGGACCAAUUCAUCGACGCUCUUGUAGAUGACGAACUUCGAUUAAGAGUCGCUCAGGGUAGACCCGCAACGAGCAGCCCUUGGUGUCUCAUUAGAGAAUCAUUUACUCUCGCAACUAAGCGUAGAACAAGAUAUGUGAGAACAAUACAAGGUUCGGCACCCGAUGAAGACCGAAGUGCUGCUGCUGGUCGUACGGUUACUAACGCAGACAACACGGUCAGCGAGAACAAUGAAUUUUUAGCUGAAUUAAAAUUAAUGACUGCCGAGUUACGUAAAAUAGUAAGUGACGUGAACCAAAGAAACAAAGUUCCAGAAAAAUCCCAUCUAGAGAGAAACGUAAGUGUUGGACGUGCAACUCUGAAAGACAUAUCCAACGUGAAUGCCCAACUUUUAAGAGGUUGCAGAACGAACAGAUUCGGGGAAACGAGGAGCAGUCGGGUCUGCAGGGAGAGGGUCGACAGAGAUAAAUGA